GCGAGAGGCGCGGGGAAGUGGGCGAGCGCCCCCGGGCCCUCGAGCCCGGCGCGCCAUGGCGGGCGCCGGGCGAGUACGCAGCCCCGCGGCCGCCGGCUAGCCGAGCCGGGAGGCCACUGUUGGGUCCCUCCUUCCCUCUGCGCCCCAGGCCUCGGAGCCGCCGAGAGGAGGAUGAGUCCCUGGAGCUGGUUCCUGCUGCCGACCCUCUGCCUCCUGCCCGCGAGCGCAGCCCCUCCGCGCGGCGCGCCCGCCUCCGCCAACUGCAAGCUCAAGCCCCAACAAAGUGAGUUGAAUUCCUUCUUGUGGACCAUAAAGCGAGACCCGCCGUCUUACUUCUUUGGCAUGAUCCAUGUCCCGUACACCCGGGUUUGGGACUUCAUCCCGGACAAUUCCAAGGAGGCUUUUCAGCAGAGCAGCAUCGUGUACUUUGAGCUGGACCUCACGGACCCUUCCACUAUCUCAGCCCUCACCAGCUGUCAGAUGCUGCCACGAGGUGAGAACCUCCAGGACGUGCUCCCCAGGGACAUUUACUGCCACCUUAAGUGCCACCUUGAGUACGUCAAGCUCAUGAUGCCCUCGUGGAUGAUGCCUGACCAGCAUAGUAAGGGUCUCUACGCAGACUACCUGUUCAAUGCCAUCGCGGGCAACUGGGAGCGGAAGAGGCCCGUCUGGGUGAUGCUCAUGGUCAACUCCCUGACCGAAGUGGACAUCAAGUCCCGUGGGGUGCCUGUCUUAGACCUGUACCUUGCCCAGGAGGCUGAGCGGCUGAGGAAACAGACGGGGGCAGUGGAGAAGGUGCAAGAGCAGUGCCAUCCGUUGAAUGGACUGAACUUCUCACAGGUCAUCUUUGCUUCAAACCAGACCCUCCUGCAGCAGGAGAGCCUACGAGUGGGCAGCCUUCAGAUCCCCUACACAACAGAGGACCUCAUCAAACACUAUAACUGCGGGGACCUCAGCUCCAUCAUCUUCAGCCAUGACAGCCCCCAGGUUCCCAAUUUUAUUAAUGCCACGCUACCACCUCAGGAGCGCGUCACUGCUCAGGAGAUCGACAGCUACUUCCGCUGGGAGCUUAUCUACAAGCGGAACGAGAGAAUGGGGAAGCGGGUGAAGGCCCUUUGGGAGGAGUUCCCCAACAAAGGCUUUUUCUUUGCCUUUGGAGGCGAGCAUUUCAUGGGCAACAACACAGUUCUUGAUGUUCUGCGGCGCAAAGGCUAUGAGGUAGAACACGCCCCCGCUGGACGACCCAUCAACAAAGAAAAGACCGGAAACCCGUUGUCACAGCCCGCCUCCUCUGCCGUCUUGGCUCUGGAAGCGCCCGCCCCGGAAGCUCAGGUACCGGAAGCUGAGUCUGCCGGGCCCCCACUGUUGCGGCUCCACGUGUCUCUGCCCGGAAGUGCUGACCUGCCGGGCGAGGCACGACGAAAGUUCCGGAAGAAGCGGAGGCGGCCGCAGCGGAGGCAGUGGCUCCGGCAGUUCAGCGACCUGUGUGUCCGACUGGAGGAGAGUGCUGGGUUCCCACAGCUCCACGUCCCCGUUCUGGACAGGCGCAUCUCCGCUGAGCUGCAGCUCCCUCGCCCUGGACAGUCUCCCCACAGCCAGAUGGUGGUCAGCAGUGCCUGCCUGUCUGUCUGGACACCUAUGUUAUGGGUGCUGGUGCUGGCUUUCCAAACAGAGACAACCUUCCUGUAA